GCACACAAAAUGCGAUCCUACUCUUUUUUCUUAUGUCAUGGACAACAGUUGUGUCUGUAAUUUUUUGCUAUUGUAGCGUGAAUUGUAUUGCUCGUAGAGAUAGUGUUCCUGCGAUCGAUCGGUUUUCGUCCAUGGGCGCGUUGAAACAAUACACCUAGCGACCGACUCCUGAGGUGCUGGCGUCGUGUCCAUUCCUGUCUCACUUGUUGUGUACGUUGCUCCACGCAGCCGCUUGUUGCACGCACUGCUGGUGACACCAUGGAGCUGUCCAGUCCUGUCAGCGUGCCCGCGCUGCAGCAUGCCUCGAGCACGGCGCGCCUAAUGGAGACGCAGAGCACUCGCAACGAGGACUGGAACACUGUUCAGCGGGUGGUUCUGUCCCUAUUCCAGCAGAAAGCGAUCGGUGCGCCUGGCCCCAUCGAUCUGUACGGACUAAACCAGAAACUGUUGAACCUGAUGAAGACUGAAAUUGCUCCUUUUCUUGGAAAUUACUACCAGGAACAGCUUCUGAAGCGUGGAAUGAUUGUUAUGCGCGAGGCUGUACGAGAAGAAAUAGGUCAGUCGCUGCUGGACCGGUUAGCUGAAGUGUGGCGGCGUUUCUUCGGCUCCAUACUUCCCAGCUUGCAGGCAAUCUUCUAUCCUCUAACGACCAGCCAGACCUCCAGUGGCAUGUCAAUACGUAACAUGUCAUUGCUCGGCUUUCGUGACAUCAUCUUGAUGAAAAUGCCCGUGAAAGAGGCACUGGACACGGAAGGAGUCGUUGUACCGCCGGGUAUCAAGCAGAUGCUGCUGAUUCUCUCCAUGGUGCGUGAGAAAGACCACCCGACUGAAACGUACCUGCGUCUGGAGGACAUGGUCGCCAAGGUCGUGUCGCCAUUCAUUCGGUCCGCACGCAUCCUCAAGCGUAACAAUGAAGAGCGAGCAUCCAACUCACCCAGGACUGAUAAGGCGCAAGGUGGAUCACGCACACUGCCUCGCAAUAUGUCCUCUACUGCUGCCAAGGAGAGGUCGUCGGCUCCGGCGCCUGAAGAUACUGAUCCAUCACUGGCACAUGUGCUCCGUGGCAAAACGUUUAGUGCCCACGGCGAACGCGGCAGCUUCCCCCUGUCGGCUGAGCAGCAGUCGCUCCGCCGUGGCCAGCAAGCAGUUCGCCGCAAGCCGCCCUCGUUCCGCUCCACCGCGUCCUUGUCAUCGGAUCUGGACACGGUCAGGGAGUCGAACAUGGCCGCCACUGGUGAUGAGGGGAACCAGGGUGGGAGUGAACAACAACAGCAGCAGCAGGACUCUAGCACUGCUAUGGGCACAAGGGGUGGCGGCGGCGCUGGAGCUCCGGAUACGGUCGGGUCUAGCUCCUCGUCCGGCGAGGGCCAUCUCCCCGCUCCCGCCGCCAUGCCGCCAUCCUCCGUGCAGUCGACGGGCAGUGGGGAAUCCGGCCCGGACCCGAAAACCCCCGCCUCGGUUCCUGCCGUAGACACCCCGGACCUGGGCAGCGUCGACGAGGAGGCCAUGCUUGAAGGUUCAGUUGUGGUAUGAUCCUCUUACGCAGCGCAUGCUUCCGCAAUACUGGUGGCAUGUUGCAGGUGAACAAUAUCAGACUUAAAAACUACUACAAUGAACCAUAUACAUGUAUGUCGUCAUGUUUCUGAUUGCUAAGUUGUUGUAGCCUUUGAUCUGAUAGAAAAUAGCACCGUCAUUUUUGUACAACAUAGUCUAUCUUGAGCUUUGAUCCACCUAGACUGAUUUUUUGAUUUGAAAAUACAUUCUAUUGUAUUGCGUACAAAGUCUCUCACAACCUCUCCGGUCAGCUUUGGAAUUAUUUUGAUGUUCGAUGAUAUUUGUUACAGGAUGCUCUGA